GGGCCGCUUAGUGCCUGCGCUGGGGGGCGAAGACCCCGUAGCAGCUGGGGAAGCCCACAUCUCUCGGGCUUUCCUCGCCGCAGCGGGCACGGCUUGCAGCGAAAAAAAGGAAAGGGAAAUUACCCACGGGACAGCAUCCAGGCACAUCCUAAUUUUGUCCCGCUCUAGCACACGCCGCGCUCCCAUCACCGAGAGCCCCCGGGGUCUGACUUGCCGAGGGAGUCGUACAUCUCUGGUCUGGGGAGAGGUGGAGGCACAGCCUCGUCUCUUUAGGCUGGAGGACUGCGCUUGGAGAAAGCCAUCUUCAGAGGUGGAAGCAGCGGGAAAAUUAAGCACUGGCUUCGUACAUACAUAAGCAUCAGUCCUUGAGCUCGUCUUAAGAGAAACCAGGGAGGUUCUGUGUGCCCAACCUGGCACACAGGGAGAUGGAAGGGUGUGCAAACCCUCUCUGCCCACACUCCGUGUCUACUGACCACUCACUUCAGCUCGUCCUCCCUCAAGGCGCCAAAGUCCGAGUCACUUCCUGGGAAAGGAGCUUAUUUAUUUUAAUUUCUCUUUUAUGUUUAGAGCCAAAGUAAUUUCUCCCCAACCCCCUCCUUUGUGCCUCCUUCCCCGUUCGCUGGCAGUACAGAGCAGGUGGUGUGUCUUUUUAACAACAGCUCAGAUUCAAACGGGGAACGCCUGGGAGGGAAAGAUAGAAAUUACCAUCCCUGAGUAAAUGGGGUGAAGCACUUUCGCUGCUCCCUGCGCGGGGACAGCACGCCUGCCCUGCCGGCCUGGCAGCCACUGCCUAGACGGGCAGCGCCGGGUGCGGGACAGAGCGGGCAGAGCCAGCAGCGCCGUGGCUUCCCGUCUUGUUUGAGGUGUGAGUGCGGACUGGGAGAACGGAAUAACAGAGGAGUGAAAAAUGUCCUUGUCUGGGACAAAAAACUCGAGGCUUCUGGAAGAGCGCUGUCAUCUUUUCCGGGGAAAAGAACUGUCACUCCCCCCUGCCUGGGGGCUCCCUGUCCCGGGAGCUGACACGGGUCAGGACCUCGGCGCGGCCGCCGUCGAGGGGCAGCGGGCCCAGCGCGGCCGAUGGCCCCGGUACCCGCCGCAGCGCCAGUCGGGCACCCGUCGGCGCCGGAACUGUCCCGACGCUCCUCCGCUCGCUGCUCCCCUGGGCGACCUCUCCUCCUCGGGUCUUCCAUCCCGCGGUGCGAGUACAUAGGAGUCUGCUCUAAGCCUUAUCUUUUGGGAAACAGCUGGAAACAAGACGGGAGAGAAGAAAGCGACCGACUUAGCCGGCAAAGGAAGACAUGCCGCCACACAGACCUACAGCGAGCCAGCACAGCUUCCCCGGCUUUCGGCUUGUCCUUGCUGUGUCUGCUGCGACCACAGGCCUCUCUACUCAACACCAUGGCUUGUUCGGGGAGCUUCAGGGGUUCCCUUGUGUUGGCUGCAGCUGCUGCCCCCAAGCUCAUACAACCAAGGACGUGGAAAAGCUGACAAGUACCUCACUCGAUACAGCCUCGCUACCUGGACCCCGCGGGGGUGGGCGCGGUGCUGCUCGGCUCGGCCGGCGAGGCUGGAGCUGCGGGGCCGCCCGGCGGGGCCGGGCAGGGGGCAGAGCGGCGGCCGGGCUGUGCGGCCGGCGGCCACCGGAGGGCACGAUUCCCCGCCGGUCCCCGCUACGGCAAGGGGUACGGCUCCCAGGUGAGUCGCUCCCACCUCCAGCAGAGCCAGGCGGGCAUCCGCCGUGCUCCUGCGGCAACCCAAGCCCCGCCAGGCUGGGCCACCCGAGCUUCGCGGCUGUGAGGUGCCGCCCGCCCGCUCCCGGGUCUGUUUGCACAAAUUAUGCGUUUCAGCGAGUCCCGAGUGUUUUUUCUCGCCGAGGCGGCCCCAGGCGGCGGGAGUGCCACUGCCUACACAGGCUGCGGCUGUGCUGGAGCUUGGGGGGAGAUCCGGCACAGGGAUCCUACGCGGACACACGGACACUUCCCAUGGGCUUGCUUCUAGCCCUCGACGCUCGCUUCGUUUGGAAGCUUUGGAAAACAGGCGCAUAAUACGGAGUACUCCAAAGAGUCAGUUUCGUUGUCAAAAUUACUACAGUGGUUUUUAUUUUGUCUUUAAGCUCGUUGUGAUGUGGUCGUUCAUCUAAAAGUCCUAGCGGCUUGCUGCCACAAAAGCAGUGUUGGUCCCAGUGUUCGCAGUGUCCCCGGUGCGCGGCCGGUCCCACAGCCCAGCCCUCCCGCCCCUGGGCCGGCGACAGGGAGCGCUGUGCCCCCCGAGCACAGCCCCUCGGCAUGUCCUGCAUCCUCCUGUCUUCCCAGCUCUCGAUUCCGUGCAAGGCCGAGAAAUACUUAUAUCCUAUUAUCAAACCAGCAAUCCCACACAGGAGUCAGAUGUCCCAAUAAAUUAAGAUCUGAAAUUAUU